CAGCCGACGACGUAGUGUGGGGUGUGUCUACGGUCUUCCUAGUCCGCCCGCCCCCAUUUUAAUAUCGAGCAUGCAGUGCAGGCAAUUGAAUGGCUAUGUGUCCAUCGGGUCGUAAACUUUGCCUUAUGAUUUACCGUGUGCUGCCGUAAUCUCAACGUCCGUCUCCGAAUCCUCGCUGCUAUUCAACAGCUAUAGUUGUACGGUUACCUGCCUUACGAUCCAACCUAGCGCUCCACUCUCCCUCUCCGUUGAAGCAUUGCAAAAUCCACACACAACCGCGAAAAUGCCUGCGAGCACAACCGGACAGCAAUCGUCCUCGAAGAGCCACCAACCAAGGCCCCCUCGGCUACGAGCAGCCUGCAACCAAUGCAAUGUCGCAAAGGUGAAAUGUACUGGCGAGAAGACUGGAUGUAGUCGCUGCAUUAGCCUCAACACCGAAUGCAUAUACAUGGAAUCCAGAGUGGGAAAAGUCCAGGGCAUUCGAACAAAGCGGAAGAAGACACAUCCAGAAAGUGCACCUUCAGAUGAUGGUGUCAGUUCUCAGUCGAAUUCGACUCAAAUCCAAGACGACGAUGAAGAUGAGACCGAAGGGCGCGACAGGAACAGAGCGGACACUCUCAUAUCUAGUCUUCCAUCUCCAAAAGCACAUUUCCCGGACUCUGCUGAUCAAAUUGGACUCCAACCCUGGUCACCUGGAUCCUGGUCCUGGAACAAUGAACUUUUCACUCUUGAUAGCAACAUAACGUCGAGAUAUACUGGAGAGACCGGUGUUUCAGGUUCAAGUGAGGCGUCUAGUGCACAACUUCCAACAUCUAUUACUGCUUCGAGCGUUUGCACACGUUUGACGGAAGUCGAAUGUGAAAACAUCGGCAACCUUACCACUGCAGCAGCUAUUCAGUCACUUCCAACGCCCAUAUUCACACCAUCUACUGCUCGACCGCCCACCUUUACUACUACUUCCGCCCUACCCCAGCCUACAACUGAGACCAUGUCGAUUCAAAGACAACAAGCCCUAGCUGCAAGAAACAGCAAAUGCGUUCUUGCCUUGGCCAACAUGGUCAUCACACUAGAGAACUACCUGGUUUCCAAUCUGAAGGUACUCGACCUCAUCAUAGCAUCGGUCCGGACAGUCGCCGAAGAGAUGCGUAGAAUCCUACAGUAUCAGCGAGAGUCAAGGGAUGAUCGCUGCAUGUUCCUAUCUACCACAAUCAUGUAUCAAGUGAUCGAACUAUUAGAGAUUGGUGCCAAUGCUGUCUUCGAGAAAGGGCUGGCUGAACAAGGCCAUGCUGGACCGGCCGAAGACUUUGAAGACUUCACACCCAAGCUUGGUUUCGGCGCUUUGUCCACGUUCAAUGCUGAAGAGCAGCGUUCCAUGAAAAUUCAUGUCCUUCGUAAGGAGUGCCAGAAUAUGGAAGAGGUGUUGGCACAGCUUCUAGCGCUGGCAAAAGUAGGGCCAAAUGCUGGCGCACCACCAUUGUCGGAAGCGGAGAUGGAGGAUAAGACGAAGUGCUUCACAGGGUUGCAAAUUAGGUUGAAGAACUUGAUCUGUAAGGCGAAUCUAGCGUUGUGAUACCUUUUCUUUUUUUUAUAGCUAUUAUUAUCCAAUAUACUGUAACUCCCAAAUCAUUAACAGACCCUCAGACCAUUAAGCGACU